AUGUUAGGUAAAAUUGUUUAUCUAUCUGGAGCUUUACUGUUUUUAGGUUGUGUGAUCUAUUUUCCCUGCCAAUAUCUUAUUUAUUAUCCAUAUUUCAACUUGCCAUGGGAAGAAUCAGAAUGCAUUGUCAACUCAAUAAGCAAGUCAACAUUAUUUUGAUUUAAAGAUAAAUCUGGUAGCAAACAUGAAAUAGAUUAUACCUUAAUUGAUGUAAGUGUAAAUGUUGAUGGAAAAUGGCUUCAAGGCUUUGGAUGUGGGUGCUCAGAAGCAUCAGCUUCCUCAGCGAAAGGAUUGAUUAAUCAAGCUUAUCCUUACCAAUAUACAUAUUGUCCAAAGUUUUCACAAUGUGAUGACAUGAUAAUUAUGCCAGCAUGAUAUUGUUCGGAUUGCAAAAGUUGUAAAGAAUUUUUAAACGUAACACUGAUAAAUUGCAAAUAUUUUCUAAAAAAAGGAAAUGAUAUAAUAAAUGAUGUUGAUGAAAUAAGCGAAAGUUAUAAGAUAAAAUAUCCAACAGUAGACUCGACUUAUAUUCAAGUUACUUUCAGGGAGCAUGAAUUCUACAUUGAAAAUGACUAUAUUGCAAUGCAAAUCAUUGGUUUAGGAGUAAUGAUUAUUUUGCCGGCAUCUAUUUUGAUUUUUAUAUUUUUAAUUUUAGUUUGCAAGUAUACAAUUAGAAAAUAUAAAAACAGAAGAACCAAAGUGCAAGUUAUUGUAAAGAUGUAA